AUGAUCAAUUUUAUAUCUCUGUUUACUAUUUUAGUGAUUAUUUUGGAAAGUGUAUCAAAUACAAAACUUUGUAAUAGAGAAGAAAGUGUCGAACUGAAGAACCAAAAAUACUACGAUUUAAAGUUUGAGGAUAAUGAAACUAUAUCAGAUAUUCACCAUGGCCGGGAAACGAAGAGAGGGUGCCUGUAUCUCAAGGGUCCUUGGACCAGGAAAUGUUGUCCAAUGGGACAAGCCUACCACAUGACUGCACGAACAUGCGUAAGAUACCGCAGGAAAUUAUAUCCGAUGGUUUCUGCACUGAACAAUACAUUUUUAGAAAGAUUUAAUAUAACCAAGGAGUUCAAUUUUAAAUAUGAGAAGAUCGUCUGCGAGAAGAAUCACGGCGAGAAAAGACUGCCAGUGUAUCCUGCAGCUAGGAGUUUUUAUCUACUAAAAAAUGGCAAUUUGGUUGUGAAAAUACCGGAGCAUAACCCGCCUUAUCUCAUCUAUACGCCGGAUAAAUACUGUUUCGAUACAUUUGUCUCCAAAACACAAAUAUUUCACCGGAAUGCCCUAAUAUGUUACCAAAGCAAAUUCAAAUACUCUAACAUAGAACUGAGCAGCAGCUGUAGGCUAGUAUCAUGUUUGUACAUAAUGCUGACAGUGGUCCUAUACGCGUGUCUGCCGGAACUCAGAAACCUCCCUGGCUUAACACUCAUGACGUUCCUGUUUUGUUUCUGCAUUGGCUUUCUGUCCUUAUCGAUUAAACAGAUACUUAUAAUGGAGAAGUUGAUUACACGAGAAUUUUGUAUUGGUCUCACGGUCAUCACAUACUUCUUUCAGCUAUCGUCAAAGUUCUGGUUGAACAUAAUGUGCUACGAUAUUUGGUGGACUUUUAGUUUGAAACGCACUCGUCCAUGGGCAAGAACACAGCACAUGCAGUACCUGUUUUACUCUUUUUACGCGUUUGGCAUACCAAUUGCUAUGACUUCGCUAACAGCAGGAUUGGGCUACUUCCUUAACAUUCGGCAUAGACUGCUGCCAAAGAUCCAGACACAACCCUGUUUUUUUAAUAGUGAAUCCUUUUUACUAUACUUAUAUGGACCCACACUGGUUCUCUUUGUGGCUGACUUAGUACUCUUAGUAUUAACGAGUGUGAAGGUUGUGAAGAUCAAGAGAGAGACCAAGGUGGUUGACGACAAAGAAUCCCCCUUGAGUGAUCAGGAUACGGAGGACAUACGAAGAUUCGUUCUUUACUUGAAGUUAUUCGGCGUGAAGUGUAUCUACUGGGCCCUGGACGUCUUCACAAAUCUCUUCCCAGAAGGUGAUUUCGUCUGGCAGUUCUUCGACGCAUUUAACCUGGUCGUUGGUUUUGCUAUCUUCAUUUUAGUCGCGUGGAAAAAGCGUAAUUGGAAAUUAAUCAAGAAAAGGUACAAGCAGCUGAAGGGAUAUAGAAUGUACAAAACCGACUCCUCUAUCUCAUGUUCCACUAUAUCCCGAUUCGUUUCUCUGGACGAAGAACAAAUGAACUCACAAUGA